UUUGCCCUUUUUGAAUCCAACCUAUAAGGCGGAGCAAUUUGGCAAGGAAUUGACAACCUCCUGUGGCCUAUCAGCAUAAAAAAAAGGUUUUAAAGUAUUCAAAAUAUUAUCUUGUGACUUGUGAUAGCUUUGUCUAUAUUCAUAGAGGCAUUGAAUGCUAUAACUGAAUAUACCAAGCUAUAUCGUGGAGGAAUUGACCAAUGCGGUAAAAGUUAUUUAAAAGUAUCUAUUCUUCAGCAAGGAUUUCGAAAGAAACACCAAAGAACGUUUAAACCAGGACAAUUAAGCGAAGAAGCAGAAGAGCAGCAGUGGAUCCAGCACGAUCCCGGCCUCCCCUUGAUGAAUAUGCAGUUGUGGCAAUCGAUAUAUUUGCAUCUCUUUGUAUGUGUUCUGGAAAUUGUGUCAUCAACAGGACAAGUUAGGUUUGGAUUCAAAAGUUCAACCUACACCGUUGGUGAGGCAGAUGGUAAAUUGCAAGUUUGUCUUAAUGUUAGCAAUUUUGAUGGGACUUCUUUUUCAGGAACAUUAACGUUCAGAAAUGGCACUGCAACAAGCGGAGAAGAUUAUUCAGAUGAUGGGAAAUCUGUUGGAAUACAAAGUUUUAUUCAAAAAACUGAUUGCGAAAAUAUUGAUAUAAUUGAUGAUAACAGUUAUGAAGGCAGCGAAAAUUUUACAGUUGUUUUGAUGUUAAAUAACAAUCCCAACGUUCAAAUUACUGUUGGCGAAGCGACAGUGACUAUCACAGAUGAUGACGCUGCCCCCACGGCCCCUGUUACAUUUGGAUUCCAAAGCUCAACUUACACCGUUGGUGAGGCAAAUGGUAAAUUGCAAGUUUGUCUUAAUGUUAGCAAUUUUGGUGGGACUUCCUUUUCAGGAACAUUAACAUUCAGAAAUGGCACUGCAACAAGCGGAGAAGAUUAUUCAGAUGUUGAGAAAUCUGUUGGAAUACAAAGUUUUAUUCAAACAACUGAUUGCGUUGAUAUUUUGAUAAUUGAUGAUAACAGUUAUGAAGGCAGCGAAAAUUUUACAGUUGUUUUGACGUUAAAUAACAAUCCCAACGUUCAAAUUACUAUUGGCGAAGCGACAGUGACUAUCACAGAUAAUGAAGAUGUCGACGAAUGCAUUGCAGAAUCUCAUAAUUGCCAUCGUAAUGCCUACUGCAAUAAUACUGAUGGUUCUUUCAAUUGUUUAUGUAAGAGCGGCUACUUUGGAAAUGGAACUGACUGUAAAGAUAUCGAUGAAUGUGCUGUGGGUUCUCAUAAUUGUCUUUUCGACGGCUACUGUAUCAAUACUGAUGGAUCUUUCAAUUGCACAUGUAAAAAAGACUACCCAGUAAACGGAACAGACUGCAAAGAUUUCGAGCAAUGCAUUGUAAACGGGACGAGGGCUAUCGCUGAUGAUGAUGACAAUAAGGCUGGUUCCGUUGUAGUUCGUGUAAUUAUUAAGAAUCGUGAAUAUCAGCUGGCAUUUAGUAAUCGUUCAAGUUUAGAAUACGCAAGAAUCGCUGUGGAAAUGUGUUUGACAUGCAUCAAAAUGUUCAGAAGUGCGAACCUCACUUCGCAAGUUGCUUCAUGCUUCGUUGCAAAUUUAACUAAUAGCUCUCUAGGUGUCGCCUUCGUAGCAACAUUUAACGAUGUAACUGGAAUUACCUACGAAGAUCUCCAAAGAGAAUUAGCCGCAACAUUGAUCGUAACAAACAGCGGCACAUUUCUUCCUGGCACCAACCUACAACUCAGCGCUAACACUGAUCCCACUAGCACUGAAUUGGCUAAUCUUUUUAAAUUUGAAGAUUACGAUGAGUGCAAACCUUCACAAAUUAUUCAAGCCCCUGAUUGUGGUGAAAAUGCAACAUGCGUCAAUAGAAAUCUUACUUACGAUUGUAUCUGUAAUGAAGGCUUGGUCAAGAAUGGCAGUGAUUGUAUUGAUUUAAACGAAUGUGAUGCGGGGACUCACAACUGCCAUCAGAAUGCUCAUUGUAACAAUAUUGAUGGUUCUUUUAAUUGUUCAUGCAAAAUUGGUUUCAGGGGAAAUGGAACAGAUUGUCAAGAUUUCGACGAAUGUGAUGCAGGUUCUCACAAUUGCCAUCGUAACGCCUACUGCAAUAAUACUGACGGUUCUUUCAAUUGUUCAUGCAAAAAUGGUUUCAGGGGAAAUGGAACAGGCUGUCAAGAUUUCGACGAAUGUGAUGCGGGGACUUACAACUGCCAUCAGAAUGCUCACUGUAACAAUACUGUUGGUUCUUUUAAUUGUUCAUGCAAAAUUGGUUUCAGGGGAAAUGGAACAGACUGUAAAGAUUUCGACGAGUGUGAUGCAGGGAGUCACAGUUGCCAUCAGAAUGCUCUGUGUAACAAUACUGAUGGUUCUUUUAAUUGUUCAUGCAAAAUUGGUUUCAUCGGGAAUGGAACAGACUGUAAAGAUUUCGACGAGUGUGAUGCAGGGAGUCACAGUUGCCAUCAGAAUGCUCUGUGUAACAAUACUGAUGGUUCUUUUAAUUGUUCAUGCAAAAUUGGUUUCAUCGGGAAUGGAACAGACUGUAAAGAUUUCAACGAAUGUGAUGCAGGGAGUCACAGUUGCCAUCAGAAUGCUCUGUGUAACAAUACUGAUGGUUCUUUUAAUUGUUCAUGCAAAAUUGGUUUCAUCGGGAAUGGAACAGACUGUAAAGAUUUCAACGAAUGUGAUGCAGGGAGUCACAGUUGCCAUCAGAAUGCUCUCUGUAACAAUACUGAUGGUUCUUUUAAUUGUUCAUGCAAAAUUGGUUUCAUCGGGAAUGGAACAGACUGUAAAGAUUUCGACGAAUGUGAUGCAGGGAGUCACAGUUGCCAUCAGAAUGCUCUCUGUAACAAUACUGAUGGUUCUUUUAAUUGUUCAUGCAAAAUUGGUUUCAUCGGGAAUGGAACAGACUGUAAAGAUUUCGACGAUUGUAAUGCAGGGAAUCACAGUUGCCAUCAGAAUGCUCAUUGUAACAAUACUGAUGGUUCUUUUAAUUGUUCAUGCAAAAUUGGUUUCAUGGGAAAUGGAACAGACUGUCAAGAUUCAAACGAAAGUGUUGCGGGGACUCACAACUGCCAUCAGAAUGCGCAUUGUAACAAUAUUGAUGGUUCUUUUAAUUGUUCAUGCAAAAUUGGUUACUUGGGAAAUGGAACAAACUGUCAAGAUUUAAAUGAAUGUGUUGCGGGGACUCACAACUGCCAUCAGAAUGCUCAUUGUAACAAUAUUGAUGGUUCUUUUAAUUGUUCAUGCAAAAUUGGAUGCAGGGGAAAUGGAACAGAUUGUCAAGAUAUUGACGUAUGCAUUAAAAAAUCUCAUAAUUGCCAUCAUAACGCCCACUGUAAUAAUACUGAUAGUUCUUUCAAUUGUUCAUGCAAAAAUGGUUUCGGGGGAAAUGGAACAGGCUGUCAAGAUCGCGAUAAAAUGGAAAAUGGCGGAAACGAAUGGCAGGAUUUAUACACCAUUUUAAUCGUGUUGAUAGUCUUUGGAGUUUUUCUUGUGGUUAUUAUAGUGAUUUUUUAUCGUUGCUCAAGAAAAAAGAUAUCAGUCAAGGAUAAACCGGCGACAAACCCAAAUAAAUCUCAAGACAAGUCAGUUUGUGAAAACCUGGAUUUAGCUGAAGUGAUAUAAGGGAAAAAAUAAUGCUAACGAAGUGUAAAAGAAAACGUAUAUAGUAUUCCUUACACAGUGAAACGACGAAUUGUCGGACACACAAGAAACGAUUUUUCACUGUAAAGACAGCGGGAAGGUAUACAGAGUGUCUAAGAUUAAGUUGAUUGUAGUACCUAUCUUAAAGGCCAUGUUAUAAGGUGAAAUUUUUCUUGCAACUUGCAAUGCAAUUCUACUUUUAUGAUAUGUAAAUUACUAAAGAGUUUUCAAAAUGAAGUGUAACAUGCACGAUGCAUGGAGUGUAAUAAAGGCAAAAGUCUCUCAAAGAAGAAUUUAUUGCAAAUUGGAGGAAAAAUUGCACCAUGUUACAUAUGCGUUGAAAGGCUUGACUUUAUCAGUGUAUUUUAAAUUUCUAAAAACUGCCCUCACUUAUUUUACUAUAGUUUUUUGAGUGACAAUUCUUCCUCGUACUUGGCUUACAGUUUUGAAGCUGGGUCCUCCACCAAUCGAAACCGCAUGAUACUAAAGCCUCUUCAUGAUUACAAUCACUUAAAACAAGGCUUAUACUUCAAUCUAAAGAAACUCUGCAAAGUUACGCUCCUCCAUAACUACAUAAUACUUAGUAAUAAUUACUUCUGUUUAGUAAUAAUGUAAGCAUAUGUGUCCGUUCGAGUUUGUUUGUAAAAUUUCUGUAUUAUGUCUGUAGUAGUUCAGUAGUUGUAUUUUAGUGUAUUUAUAUUUAGAUAAGGAGACAAUUACAAAUUGGGACUUAUGUCCUGUUAUUGUCUACUGUCACUGCUGUAACUUUUAGUGACAAACCAAUAAAAAAAAGAAAGUGUUCUUAUAUCCAAUUUAGCCUAGGUUUAGCACUAAAGGCCAUGUUACACGGUGCAAUUAUUCUUGCAACUUGCAAUUUAACUCUACUUUUAA